AUGUUCGAUGCUGACGUCUACAACGAGGUCACAGAGGUGGCUGGAGCGCGGUUCAAUCCCAGCGCCCAAACGUGUUUGGGCGCGAUCGGCAAUGCAAUUGCGGGUUCGACGCGGGGGAAUCCGAAGAUUGGAAUCUUUGCCAAACACGCGAAGGCCUUGAAGCAAUGCGCCCCGCCCAUGGUUGACGACGUCCGCCGAGCGAAUCAGUUCGGGGAGAUGGCCGACGUGACCGACGAGGUCUUGAACAAGGCAGUUGCCGAGGCGCCGUCGUCGGAGGCGCUGCGAACAUUGGCCUUACAGCUCAACAGGGCCAAGACGAAGUACCGUUCUUCGGUCAGGGUCCCUGCCAAGGAGGCCGCGGAGAAGCUCAUCGGGACCAACGUGCCCAACCUCGAGUGCCGUUUCAGCCGCGUCAAGUCCAAGCUCCGGCGCCCGAGGCGGCCAGAAUCUACGACGACCACCUCCAACUGA